AUUAUCCCUCAAAAUGAAGAUGUUGAGGAAAAUGAAGACAACUCUGCGCCCGAGUCCUGCUACUCUGAGGCCGAGAAGACAAUUCAGUUUCCUGGGACUAGAAACACAACAAGAACAGCACUCAGGAACAUUUCCAUCUUGCACCUUUUCACACAUGCCACAGCAAUGCCGCAAUAGACAGGGCAAGGGACAGUCCAGCAGAUGGUGAUCAUGCAACACUUAUGGAUGCCAACUGCCAUAAAACUCAACAGAAGAAGAAGAAGAUGAUUGGGGUAAGGCCCACGGUCUGGUUGCUCUGUGCCAGCUCUGCCGCUUGAGACUAGAAAUAAUGAGCAACAAGAAGGUACAUUUUGAACGUGCAUCCACCAGUUAAUGAAUUGAAGCAAUGGGACUUACUUUAUUCAGCUCUGAGGUCUGGUCACUCUGACCCUGCACAGUCAGGAGCUGCUGCUGCUCCUGCAGGGCUGAUUCCAGGCUGUCCACCUCCUCCUGCAGAGACGCCACCUGAGACAAACACACAUACUCUGAGUUUUGGAGCCAAAACUUUUUGAGAGAAAGAGCACAGAGGGAGGAUAGCGGCAGCAACUGGGGAAAAGAGGAUCAGUGAAGUGUGCAGACUCCAGGGCACUGAAGCUAACGGGAUACCAGGCUCUUCCUCACACAUUCAAGCAGCCAUGGUAUUCCUCCUCGUAUCCUUAACCGUGCUGCAUCUGGUCACCUUGGCCAUGCUCCUCAUCGCCACCCUGGAGAAGUCCUGGUGGAUAUGGGCUGAUUCAGAAAUCACAGACCUCUGGUAUAACUGUUUCCAUGAUAAUGCCACACAAACCUGGUUGUGUGCUGCUACCAAUGACAGUGACUGGCUGCAGUCUGUCCAGGCCCUCAUGGUCCUCUCUGUGGUCUUCUCCUCCAUCUCCUUCCUGGUUUUUCUGGGUCAGCUGUUCACAAUGUCCAGAGGAGGCCUCUUCUACUUCACAGGCCUCUGUCAGGCCUUUGCAGGUUUCACAGACUUUGCUGCUUGCCUUAUUUUCACCUUCCACAGAAAAGAGAUCUUACAUGAUUCCAGAGAUCUGAGCAAAGGACGCUUUGGCUACUGCUUUAUCCUGGCAUGGUUGUGUGUUCCUCUCCUUCUCAUAAGUGGAGUCCUGUACGUCCACCUGCGCAAGAAGCAGUGAGAUGAAAAACCGAACCACUGCGCAGAGUGACGCUCUACACUCUUUAUCACUCUCAGUUAACAGCGAGCCCGCUUAUGGAAAUGAGAUGGCUGAAAAUUAAAUACCUCUAAAUGAUACUAUUCAAUCAUUAUGUUGUCAUGUUGGCAUUUCUGCUUGUCAAAAACUUUGUUGUAAACACUGUAACUCCUUUUAAUGCCACACGUUAUAUGAAGGAUGUUGACAUAGAAACAGUAGCUAAUCAAUGCAUAGUUGUAUUUUGUACAUAAUUGUGUUUACUUAUUAAAAGCGCAAUACACUGAA